AUGGCAUCUGGCAACGGAUCGAAGAGCAAGGGAAAGAAGGCGGCUUCUUCGAGCAAACCGUCCAGCAAGCCGUCCUCCCGUGCGCAGUCGGAGGGGUCUCCAUCGGCCCCGGGUCCGGUGCCGAACCCCUCCACUGACUUUGCCGGGUUUGUUGACAAUAUGACCAAGGCGCUAGAGGCCAGCACAUCGGCUGCAGCUGGGUUCCCGGAUAAGUCUGAUCUAGCUUUCCAUCGUACGCUCGAUAGGAAGUUUGCCAAGGGGCUGGACGCCACCGGUCAACGUGUGCUCGACCUUACCGAUAGGCUGUUGCAGCUGGCUGUUGAGGGAUCGCAGGAGAAGACCAAGGCUGCCGGAGGAAAAGUCAAGCCGAGAAGAAAGGUUACGGACGAGGAUGACGUCGUGGACAGCUUCCAGGCAACGGUCAUCGAGUUCAUCGAUGCACUCUUGGAGGACGCUGUAGGUAGCGGUUGUAGGACAUUGCUGACACUGAAGGACUCGAACCUGGACGAGGUCAACGGAAAGAAGCAGAAGGCUGCCAUUGAUAUCAAGCCGUCUCUUGCCGCCAAGGCUGGGCAGAAGCUACCUGGUCCCUUCUCGCAGACGUCUCAGGCCAGACUACCAACGCAUCUUUUCAAUGCUCCGGGUAUCGCCAAACCUCAGCUGUUGUUUCAGGACGGCGUUGACAACUCCCCCGAUGCUCGAUGGUCGCCUACGCUUCCUGUCAAGGAGCACGCGAUGGUGCCUCUCGGCCACACGAUCAGCGAGGAUGACUCGUGGCCUAUGGGCGAAAUGGACGACGACCCGAAGAAGGUCGCUGCUCGUCGUGAGAAGAUUGCCAAGUUCGAGCAACACCCGUACUACUACGAAACGCGUCACCUUCCAUACCCGACGUCCAUGUUCACGUCGUCGACGCCUAUCAGGCCGAAGUCGUUUGAGGAUACGCCUUUCGAGUUCAUCGACACCCCUGAGCAACUCGCCGCUCUCACUGAGACCCUGAAGAAGGCUAAGGAGAUUGCCGUGGACCUGGAGCAUCACAAUCAACGAUCGUACUAUGGCUUCACCUGUCUGAUGCAGAUCAGCACCCGUGAGGGCGAUUGGAUCAUCGACACCCUGGCUCUCCGGGCUGAACUUCGCGAGCACAAGCUUGGGCAUGUUUUUGCGGACCCGUCCGUCGUCAAGGUCUUCCACGGUGCCGACUCCGACAUCGUUUGGCUGCAGGAGGACUUUGACAUCUACAUUGUCAACCUGUUCGACACAUAUCAUGCGACCAAGGUCCUAGAGUUCCCCAAGUUUUCGCUCGCUAGCUUGCUUCAGCUCUAUUGUGACUUUGAACCUGACAAGCGCUACCAGAUGGCGGACUGGCGCAUCCGACCAAUUCCAGAUGAGAUGAUGAAGUACGCUCGUUCCGACACGCACUUCUUGCUAUUCAUCUACGACAAUCUCCGCAAUGCGCUGAUUGCCCGCGCUUCGCGUACGCCUUCCCCCUCCGUCGAAGGACAGACUCCGAAGCCCAACCCCCAACGGGCCAUGCGCAAGGUCUUGGACCUUUCUUCGGAAACCGCACUGAAGCUGUACCAACGAGACGGGUAUGACCCCGUGAAGGGUCAGGGUAUGAACGGAUGGGCAAACCUUUCCAAGAAGCUCGGCAAGAAAGACGUCAUGAAGGAGGAGGUGCUCAUUCAGCUCUCGCACCUUCGUCCCAACAACGCUUCCGUCUUAGCCCGUACUUUGGUGCAUCAGUCGGCAGAAGCGUAUGCACGUGCGGACGAGAUCGCGGAGGUCAUCAAGAAUGCCGCUGCAGCUUUCCGUGCGCGGAGCCCCUCGAAAAGCCCAUCGAAGAGCCUGACUCCGCUUUCUGGCACGACCUCGAGAGCGCAAUCCGUGGUCACUGCUACGAAGAAGUCCACGAAAGCGGCUGGACCGGUUAUCGAUGUGUGGGCGGGUAUUGGAACCGGUGCCGGUGCGCCGUCUUCGUCCGCCUUGUUCGGUUCGACCUUGACAAAGAAGACCGCAAGCCCGUCAAAGAACUCCCAGAAAGCGUCGUCCUCGCUGUUCGGGAGCACGUUAUCUACUCCAGGAGGUGGCCGUUCCUCGCGCAAGGCCUCGCCUGGCUUCAACGCUGUGCAGUCAAGCAUCUUCUCCGCACUUGCGCCUGCGGUGGCGGCACCAAAGGUGGAGGUGGAGGCCCCUGGAUCGUCCCUCCCCGCGCCAGAGACGGUACCGUUUGUACCGGCGGCUAAUCGGAAAAAUGCCACAUCCGAUCAGAUACCCACAGCCACCACCACCAAGAAGUCCGCUCAGCCAGCCGAGACUACAGCCGAGGUGGAGGUUGCGACCUCUGCGGCCCCCAAGGCCACCGUUGACGACGACGGCAUCGUUUCUGUCAAGAAGAAGAAGGCGAAGAAGCCCAAGAAGGCGUCACCGUCGCCCGUCACGGACGGUGCACCGGGGUCUGGUGAUGCUAAGUCUGAGAAGAAGAAGCCGGCGAAGAAGCAGAAGGUCAAAGCGGGUGACAUCCCCACGUUCAGCUAUGAGAACGAGGCUAAUCUGCUGGAUGAGCCUGCAAAGGCCGCAACCAACCAACGCAAGGCAAAGAAGGCGAAGCACGACACUAAGGGUGAUUCCAAAAAGAAGACGGGCAUUGAUACGUCGGCGUUCCGUCGGCCCGCGCCCGAUGCGACAGCACCCAAGAGUGGGAACCGCUCGGGAACGUUCAUGUAG